UGAGGAAGAAGAAGAGGAGCAGCAGCAGCAAAAACCCCUUCACUCUGUGCGUUUUUUUUCAUAAUAUAACUGAGAUAAAUAUACCGAGUUGAGGAGACCCCAAAACCUAAACUAUAACAGAUCUGAAACAAGAAAAUACUUUGUGGGUCUUUCUUGUUUUUUCCUCUCUUUUUUCACAGAAAAAGAGUUGUCUUCUUCAAAGAUGAGUAGCAGAAACAAUGGUGGAGUUGGGGUACAAUCGAUACCCGCAGGGUCAAGAAAGAUGGUACAAAGCUUAAAGGAGAUAGUUAACUGUCCUGAACCUGAGAUCUAUGCUAUGCUCAAAGAAUGUAAUAUGGACCCCAAUGAAGCGGUCAAUAGGCUUCUUACUCAAGAUACUUUUCAUGAGGUGAAGAGCAAACGUGAAAAGAGAAAAGAGAGUAAGGAUACGACUGAAUCUAGGCCACGUGGUGCAAUUAGCAACUCAGGCCGUGGUAGCAGGGGAGGUGCAGAACGAUAUGUUGGACGCGGUGGGUCAGCAGAGUCUACCAAGCCUAUUCCUGGAUACAGAAAAGAGAAUGGAUCAAAUACGAGUAGCCUGACUUCUACUCUAGGAGUUUCCGGAAGUAACAUAAGCAGGAGGGCUACAACAAUCAGUGAUAUCGCUGCAAAUGAAAGUAAAAAGUUAGCACCUGCAGCAGUUGAUGUUUCAUCAGUCUCACAGCGUGAGACUUCUUCUGGAUAUCAACCUACUUGGGGCGGGGUGCCCGGUCAAGUUUCCAUGGCUGAUAUUGUGAAGAUGGGUAGGCCACAGAGUAAAGUGCCAAGUGCACCUAAUGUAUCUCACCACAAUGUCAAUGCCAACCAAAACCAUAUUCAGGGGCUCCCUUCUGGUGCAUCACAUCAAAAUACUCAGUGGUCUGAUGAUCAUACUACCAAAGUUUCUGAGGUACACCGAGAGCCACAACAUCUUUCAACUGAUGAGGAAUGGCCUCUAAUUGAGCCGCCAUCAGUUGCUAGUCAGACAUCUAUCUCAGAGCCACCUGCUGAUUCAGAGCUGCAUCCUGAUCCAGCUAACUUGUCAUAUGACAGAAUUAAUCAUCAAAAUGAGAUUGAUGAAGUUCAGGGGACAGAUAACUGCACGAUUGAAAAUCUUGGUAGUCCUCCAAGCAGAAGGUUGCAGGAGGAUAAUGCUGGAGGUGCAUCUAUUUAUGAGAAUGACCUCUACGGAUAUCAGAACCAGAAUCAUACUUUUGACCAUCAACAAGUUGAAGAUGUUAACGACUCUGUUUCAUCAGUUGCUGCAAACCUGCAACAGUUGAAUGUACAAGAUGAUGGAGGGGUGCCACCUGAGGGAGAUGGUCCUUCUGUUGUAAUACCAGACCAUCUUCAAGUUCAAACUGCAGACUGCUCACACCUGAGCUUUGGUAGCUUUGGCUCUGGUAUUGGUGGCUCCUUUUCUGGGCCUUUGGCAUCUGCUCCAGUGACGAGUACUUUGGAAGAUGCACCUAAGGAAGUGGAUGGUUCAUCAGUUGGGCACUCGGGAUCCAGAGCUUCAGAAUACUAUGGUGAUGAGUCUCUCAGACAUGCAUCUGAGAGUAACUUAUACCAUAGAACUAAUGCAAGUUCUGUAAAUUACGAUUCACCUUCUGCUUCACAACCAGAACCUUUGACAUCAGAAACAAAUGAACAAGGAAAUCAAUAUUCGUAUCCCUCCUCUGCUGCUGGCUACACAUAUGAAAGUGCACAACAAUUAACUGCAGCAUUUAGUCAGCCACAGACAAGUUCCCAGAUGCAAAAUCUCACUCCUUUCUCUAAUGUAAUGGCAUUCACAAAUUCAUUGCCUAGUACCUUGUCGGCUGCUAAUGUUCAUGCUGGUCGUGAAACUGAUCUUUCAUACUUACCAUUUUCUGCAACACAAACAAUGGCUAUGAAAUAUGGCAGCUCUGUUUCUUCAAUUGGUGGUUCAACAAUUUCCAUGCCUGAGUCUUUGAAGAGUGCUGGUUUUCCAUCAGCACAGUCUACACAGCAGACACUUUCUGGAACUAGUGUCACCACUGGACCUACUGUGCCGCAACAUCUUGCUGUACAUCCAUAUAACCAACCAACACUACCUCUGGGACCAUUUGGUAACAUGAUAAGUUAUCCCUUUAUGCCUCAGAGUUAUACAUAUAUGCCAUCUGCAUUCCAGCAACCAUUUGCUGGUAACAGUAAUUAUCAUCAGUCGCUGGCGGCGGUGCUUCCCCAAUAUAAGAACAGUGUGUCAGUCAGCAGCUUACCUCAGCCAGCCAGUGUUGCUUCUGCGUAUGGUGGUUUUGGAAAUACAGCAAGUAUCCCUGGUAACUUCCCAAUGAACCCCCCUGCUGCUCCUUCUGGUACUAACUUGAGUUAUGAUGAUAUGUUGAGCUCUCAGUACAAGGAUACCAAUCAUUUAAUGUCUCUUCAGCAGAGCGAGAACUCAGCUAUGUGGCUUCAUGGACCUGGUUCAAGGACAAUGUCAGCUGUUCCUGCUAACACAUAUUAUGGUUUUCAAGGUCAAAACCAGCAAAGUAGUGGAUUUAGGCAAGCUCAACAGCCGCUGCAAAAUCAUGGAUCCUUGGGGUACCCAAAUUUCUACCAUUCUCAGGCUGGGAUCUCAUUAGAACAUCAACAGCAAAAUCCGAGGGAUGGGUCAUUGGGUGGUGGAUCCCAAGGCCAGCCAAAGCCGUCUCAACAGCUAUGGCAAAGUGGUGGCUACUAAUCUCUUACUGCCUCCUGCUUUUUUGGAGUCUUGUAAUGAGUGUGACAGUGGCUAUAGCCUAUAGGGUGUUGCUUUGGAAGCAAUUAGAAUGCACAAUCAAUUGAAUACUUCCCUGUGCCUAGAGGUUGUACUUUACAUGUUUGUCAUCAGUCAAAUGUAACGUAGGAUGUGAGCUAACGUCGUGCUAGUGGACUUGUCUUCUGUUUCGUCAACUC